AUGUCAGAACGGACAGAUUGUAUCCGCCAGCUCCACCAGUCCACUCCGGUACCAGUCAGAUACUCCUGUGACAACGGUUCCGAGCAGUCGCUCUUCAAGCAUUCUGGCCCCUAUUUCAAGCCAGGGGCCUUCCUCAUCAACCUUCAACUUGGCCGUCUCUCAGUCAUCGACUUCCGCAUCAGUGUUUCCAAGCUUGGCUUCAUCGUCUUCUCAAUUCUAUGUCCCAAUUACAUCUACAUCAACCGUGAUAUUGUCGGCUACCGCGCCAACAAUGACGUCAUCAUCGCUAUCACCUAUUCUUUCAUCAACGAUAUCUUCCGCAGAGUCUGCGACCUCAACCUUAGCAUUGUCUUCAUCUAUUCCUACAUCAACAGUACCUUCACUGACUCGGUCUACGACGUCAAUAGCAUCGUCUGUCAUUCCAUCGACAUCAUCUUCUUCAACACUCACAUCUACGGCAUCUUCAGUAUCCUCUUCCACCCAGAUGACAGCGACUUCUUCUACCUCACUUAUAUCCACAAGCAGUAG